AUGGAAGUAAGAAAUUAUGAGAGCAAGAAGGAAGAAGAAGAUGGCAAAAGGCGAGCUUCGAUCAGAUCGAGAUGGAAUAUUUUUAUGCAUGCAGAUGCAACUGACUUCUUCCUGAUGGCUUUGGGAUUCCUCGGCUCAAUCGGCGACGGCUUGUCGGCGCCGCUGAUGACUUUUGCCUGCAGCUAUAUGUUCAACGACCUUGGCUCCAGUUCUACCAGUACUACUUUCAUCCAUAACAUGAACCGUAAUACCACUUUAUUACUCUACGUGGCUGCGGGUUCCUUUGUGCUCUCGUUUAUGGAGGGCUACUGCUGGACAAGAACAGGAGAAAGACAAGCAUCGAGAAUGCGCAUACGUUAUUUAAGGGCUGUUUUAAGACAAGAUUUGGCAUAUUUCGAGUUCAAGGAGGCAUCCACAACAGAAGCUGUGAAUGAUAUUUCCAGCAACUCCUUAUUCAUCCAAGAUUUUCUCAGUGAGAAGCUGCCGAACCUGAUAAUGAACUGCACGACCUUCUUUGCUGGCUUCGCCGUAGCUUUCAUCCUCAUGUGGCGACUCGCACUAGUGGUCUUCCCAGCGGCUCUCCUCCUCAUCAUUCCCGGCUUGAUCUACGGCCGCGUCCUCCUAAAGCUGACAAGCAGAAUGCUUACAGAAUACAACAAAGCCGCCGUAAUUGCCUCGCAAGCUCUUUCCUCUAUCCGCACAGUCUACGCCUUCAGAUCCGAACACCGCACCGCCGCUGCUUUCUCUUCCAGCCUCAAAAAAUCUGUCCGAAUCGGCCUCCAACAAGGCCUCGCCAAAAGCUUCUCUCUUGGCAGCGCAGGCAUCAUCUUCACCAUCUGGGCCUUCAUGGUUUGGUACAACACUCGUCUCGCAGCGCACGACGACUACAAUGGUGGCUCUGCUUACGCCGCUGGGAUUAGCAUUGUGAAUGGCGGCAUCGCCUUCGGGAUCGGCCUUUCCAACGUCAAGUGUUUCGGAGAGGCGGCCUCUGCGGCGGAAGGGAUCAAUGAGGUGAUUGAGAAGCGGGUGGCGAUGGAGCCGGAGUGCGAGGAGGGGGAGGAGUUGGGGGAGGUGAGGGGGGAGGUGGAGUUUAAAGAUGUGAGAUUUCGGUAUCCGACGAGGCCGGAGACUGAGGUGAUUUCGGGGUUUAGUUUAAGGGUGGAGACUGGAAAGACGGUGGCUUUGGUUGGGGGGAGUGGGUCGGGGAAGUCCACUGUGAUUUCGUUGUUGCAGAGGUUUUAUGAGGUUAAUGGUGGAGAGAUUAUGAUUGAUGGAGUCCAUAUCAGGAGGUUGAAGGUGAAGUGGUUGAGGGGAUUGAUGGGAUUGGUUAGUCAGGAGCCUGCGCUAUUUGCCGCUUCUAUCAAAGAAAAUAUUUUGUUUGGGAAAGAGGAUGCGACGAUGGAGGAGGUGGUUAUGGCGGCCAAGGCUGCUAAUGCUAAUCGGUUUAUCGAUCGGUUGCCGCAGGGAUACGACACACAGGUUGGUCAGAGAGGCGUUCAAUUAUCUGGCGGAGAGAAGCAGAGGAUCGCCAUUGCCAGAGCCAUUAUACGAUCCCCAAAAAUUCUGCUUCUUGACGAGGCUACCAGUGCCCUCGACUCUCAGUCUGAGGUCAUCGUGCAAGAGGCAUUUGAAGUAGCCUCCUUUGGCCGAACCACCAUAGUCAUCGCCCACAGGCUUUCCACCAUACGCAAUGCCGACACAAUCGCCUUCGUUCAAGCAGGCAAAGUCGUUGAGUCUGGCUCCCACGACGACCUCAUAAGCAACAUUGACGGGCACUACUACUCUCUGAUUCACCUCCAAAAAUCUCAACCAUUUUCAAACGGUACAGACAACUACGCUGAAGCCAUGAUCAACACAAGCUCUCCUUCACUACAACAAGCUCACAACAACAAUAAGGCCCAUGGUAACAGCUUCGCCUAUACAUUCAGCCCAGGUUUUGAGCUCCUCUCAUUUUCAAGCUCCAAUUGGUCGAUAACUGCUGAAGAAGAUGACCAAGAUCCAAGGAAGCAGGUAGAAGAGGCGCCAUCAUUUUGGAGACUGCUUAUGCUGAAUUAUCCAGAGUGGCGUCAGGCAAUCUUAGGCUGCACUGGUGCAUUGUUGGCUGGUGCAACUUAUCCAAUUUAUGGGUAUGUUGUGGGCACUCUUGUAUCAAUUUACUUUCUCAAGGAUCUUGAAGAGAUGAAGGAAAAGGCAAGAACUUACUCCUUGUUAUUGGCUGGAUUUUCAGUGUUCUUCUUUCUUUUUAAUUUGAUGCAGCAUUAUAAUAUGGCAACAAUGGGUGAGCAUCUGACCAGGAGGAUUAGGGAGCGUAUGCUCUCAAAGAUGUUGACUUUUGAAGUGAGUUGGUUUGAUCGAGAUGAGAACUCCACUGGUGCUUUAUGCUCUCAGCUGGCCAAAGAUGCUAAUAUGGUGCGCUCAUUGGUGGGAGAUCGAAUGUCGCUUAUCAUUCAGACUUUAUCUGCUGUGACCAUCGCCAUCGCAAUGGGAUUACUGAUUGCAUGGCGACUUGCCAUGGUUAUUCUUUGCGUACAACCGGUGGUCAUCAUUGCAUUGUAUGUGAGAUUUGUGAUCCUCAAGAAAAUAUCCAAGAAGUCAUUCAAGGCCCAGUUAGAAAGUAGCAAUCUUGUUGCAGAGGCGAUAAGCAAUCUUCGAACAAUCAAGUCUUUCUCUUCCGAGAAUCGUAUCCUGAAGCUCUUCGAGUCAGCUCAAGCCAUCCCUCGUCGUGUGAACAUCGGACAUAGUUGGGUUGCCGGCGUCGGCCUUGGAAUAUCACAGUGUAUCCCCAUUUGCAGCGUCGGACUUUCUUUCUGGUAUGGUAGUCUUCUCGUCUCCCGCCACCACAUCACCGCCAAAGACAUUUUUCAGACCUUACCAAUUGUGAUGGGCACUGGUCGUCUAAUAGCAGAGGCCAGCGCUUUAACCUCAGACCUCUCCAAGGGUGCAAGCACCAUCACUUCCAUCUUCUCCAUUCUUAACAGAACCACCUUGAUUGAGCCUGAGAAUCCAGAGGGCCGCCAUGCAGAAUCUCUCAAUGGUGAUAUCGAGCUCAUUAAUGUUGUGUAUGCUUACCCAUCACGGCCUAACGUACCAGUACUAAGGCGUUUCUCCCUCAACAUUAAAGCAGGUCAUUCCACUGCACUGGUUGGUCCCAGUGGCUCCGGCAAGUCCACCAUUAUUGGUCUUAUCGAGAGGUUUUACGACCCAUUACAAGGUGUAGUUCGUGUUGAUGGUGAGGAUAUCAAGUCAUACAAGCUUCGAUCUUUAAGAAGACACAUGGCUUUGGUUGGGCAGGAGCCAGUGCUAUUUGCAGGCACCAUAGAGGACAACAUAGCUUACGGCAUGGAUGAGGGGGUAAGCAACGCAGAGAUUGAGGCAGCAGCGAAGGCUGCAAAUGCCCAUGAUUUCAUCUGCAACCUUCCAAAUGGGUACCAAACGCCAUGUGGGGAGCUUGGGACGCAGCUUUCAGGUGGGCAGAAGCAACGAAUAGCAAUUGCGAGGGCGAUACUGUGUAACCCAGUGAUAUUGUUGUUGGAUGAGGCCACAAGUGCGCUUGAUGUGCAGUCGGAGAUGGUGGUGCAGGAGGCAUUGGAGAGAGUGAUGGUUGGAAGAACUACUGUGGUGGUGGCACAUAGAUUGAGUACUAUCAAGGAUUGUGAUGUGAUUGCUGUAGUAGAGAGAGGGGUUUUGGUUGAGAAGGGCACUCAUGCUUCUCUUAUGAAGAAGGGGCCAACGGGGAAGUAUUAUGGACUUUUUAGCCCAAAUGGUAAGUGAAAAACAAUGGAGCAGUGCUUGAGGUUAACCUUGAUCCCUGAAUAAACUUCAAUAUACAUUUUUGGUUUGAUGAGA